GACACUUCCGGGUUCUGCGUAAACAUGUCCCCUUCCUCUCUCCGUAGUGUAGGUUGGUUAUGCAAACACAAUGAAGCUUUGUGCUUUAUGAAAACGUGCUUUCUGCUCCACAACAGAAGGAAAAUGUCCUUGAUGGAUUGAGCGGGCAAAACAAGAGAGGUUGGCCAUAAAUGCAGUGAACUUUGAGGCUGAGGCAGAAAGUACCGUGGGGCAGCGUUGAACCCCAAACACACAACAGCCUGAGUCCUUAUAAAUAAGGAGGAUGUCUUAUCCUUCACCCCAUGACCGCACCCGUAAAGACGACGAGGAUGACCCUGUUGAUCAGAUGAUAUCCCGUACGGGCUGUGCUGAGCUGCAUUAUGCUGUGCAGGAGUGCAUGGCUGAACAUCAGGACUGGAGAGCCUGCCAGAAGCAGGUUCAGAGCUUCAAAGACUGCAUGACAAAUUUCCAAAACGCUCAGAAAGAACGGCGGAAAGCCCAAUCGCAGACCCCUAACAAGUUAACCAGUUGAACUAACAAAUCCAUGUGGAUUUGGGAUAAGUUCAAGAACUAUUUGUGAUACUUUUAAAACCAAAGACUGUAAUAAAUGUCGUAAUUGCCAAUGAAAAUAAACUUUGAAAUUUUAAAUAUACGACAUUGAUUCUUAAACAAAAACUGAUGUUUCCUUAGAAAUGACAUUGACUAGACAGUUUCUCAUCAUCCAUGCAACUGCUACAAAAAAGGCCUUUUCUCUACUUUCACACAUCUUUCUGUAAGAAUAUAACAUUUGGCAGUCUGGUGAUGAGCUGCUCAAUUACAUGCAUAACUCAAAUUGAUCUAAAAGAGACCCAUUUCAAAACGCAGUCAAAAGGUUUUUGAGCCAGAACCAAACAUGGAGAAGCAGCACUCAGCUUCUAUGCACCACAAAUCUGGAACAAACUCUGAGAAAACUGCCAAAACACCGAGUGGCUUUAAAUCUGGACUAAAAACCCACCUGUUCAGAGUUGCUUUUGAAACAUAAUCAAUUAGACAUUAAUGAACAAUUGUUGAGUGUGUGUUCUGCAACUUAGUAUUUUUUGUGUUUGUUUUUAUGAUGUAAAGCACUUUGUACUAUACACAUUACACAUAUUCAUACAAAUAAACUAAAUUGAUAAAUUAUUUCAUCAUGUAUUCCUAUUUAUUUGACUGCUAAACAAUUAGACAGUUUGAAAAACAUAUUUUGUCGGGAAAAAAUAAACAUCUGCAUAAUUAAUAAGUGCACCCUAGAUCUAAUAUAAUGUUGAAGCAACUUUUUAUUUCAUUUUCGGCUCUCAGUUUACUUCUGUAGGUUUGUCCACGUUUCAGAUCUUGGCUUCUGUCGUCAGAUUACCCAGAUGAUGAGGACAUGUUUGUCCACUGUCUUUUUCAUGAGACAUUUUGUUGGAUUUAUUUCUAUGCUCUGUUUAAGUCACUCAUAGACCAUUUUUUUCUGGUAAAGUCAUUCUUUAGUUGAUUCAGAUUGAUUAGGAAAAGUCAAAAAUUGUUUUAUCUCGCUUUCAGACAGCUGAAGGUUGCAGGUCAUAACCGACUAGUAUUUGUAGCUUCUCAUAAAUUGUCCCAUAUUCCGAUUUUGAUAGAGUCAAUGUUACUGUUUGUGUUAAAAUAUAGAAAAAUCUGCAGGUAUUCAUCUGUACAUAACUUUUUCAAAGCUAAUGGAACUGAUGUGCAAGCUUAACGAUAAUGAACCAGUUGAACUUCUUCAUAGACCAAAUUAGUGAAAUAAAUAAGGUAUUUCAUAAUGGCUUUCAAAGUUUUGAGUUAAUCUCAUGGGAUAAACUGGGACAUAUAUUUUUUCUGGUACGCAAGUCACAUUUCCAGUUGCCUGCCUGCAGCUUCUCAGAUAAGCCCUGUUCAGUGCUGCGGCUAAACAACACUCAUGGAUCAUUAGAUUUUACUUUUAAACAGAUGCUGUCUUUCAACAAAAGCUUUGCAGAUGAGCGAUGUCUUCCUCUAGGACUGUUUCAAACACUUCUGUCAUCAUUCACCCUCCAGGUUUCUACAUUGUUGGAUUUGAGUCAUUUCCCUUCAUAUCUGUGUAUUUUAUCUUCCUGGCAUUUGUUUAUGUGUUUUCAGUGAUGUUUAACUGUUUGCUGAUUUAUACAAUUGCUGUGAAUCACAGUUUGCACACUCCAAAAUUUCUAGCCAUCACCAACCUGGCAGUGAUAGAUUUAGUCUUUAACUCCUGCACCAUUCCUGGCAUGAUAAAGAUUUUUCUAACCAAGGAUAACUUUGUUCCAUUUAACCUGUGUCUUGUACAAAUGUUUGUAUAUUAUGCAUUCUUAACACUGGAAUCAUAUGCACUCACAGUACUAGCCUAUGACAGACUGAUUGCUAUAUGUUUCCCUUUUAGACAAAGCUCAGUCAACACAGUGCGCAGCAUGUGCUGCAUUAUCAGUGUUACCUGGUGUUUAGCUGUUGGAAUGACAGGAUUUUCAACAACCAUAAUGACAAGACUGUCUUUUUGCAACUCUGUCAGAGUGGUUAGUUAUUUUUGUGACUAUGCACCUGUGUUUCGUCUUGCAUGUAAUGAUAACUCGUUGCAAUGGUCCUCAGCUUCAUACUCCUCCACUGUUGUCCUUGGAGUGCCUUUUGUUUUCAUCCUGCUCUCCUAUGUGAGCAUCCUGGUGACUGUGUUCAGGAUGAAAUCUGUGGACCGACGAGUGAAAGCUUUGGCCACGUGUGUUGAACAUAUUAUUGUUGUCACUAUAUUUUAUAUUCCUAUUUUUGUUAUUUUCAGCAUUGGGUUUUUUUCAAGGGUAGUGGACCCAGACAAGAGAGUUCUGAGUCUGUCGCUGGCAUCUUGCAUGCCUCCUUGCAUUAAUCCUAUUGUUUAUUCUCUGAAAACUAAAGAGAUCAAAAUCAGAAUACUGGCUAUCUUUAGAAAAACUAAAGUUAAUACAAAAAUCUGAGCAAAAUCCAAAUAAAUCUUUUUAGACUCUAGAAGUAACAAAUAACCUAGAAAAAAAAGUAAUGAACAGAUCUUGUCUCUAAUUUUCCUUUUUUUUUUUACUUAUAAAUAUGUAAGGAUGUCACUACACCUAAUAUCUUAUUAUUAUACUGUGGUAUAAUUUUUGGGUAACACUUUAUUUGAAGGGGUUUGCAUAAG